CCCGGUCCGGCCCAGGCGCCACCAGCUAGCCCCAAACAGCUGGCCCGGCCCAGGCGACCAGCUGGCCCCAAACACCCGGCCCAGGCACUCCCCAGAUUGAGCCACCCAACUAUGUAUAUAAAUAGUGGCCCUCGCCCACCUUCCUUUGCGAGGGCCAGGUUGAAGUCUUUUACGAAUGCCAGUCAUUGCUCGCCCUAUUGUUCCCUCCAUCGUGACCACCUUGAUCAGGCGUACCUGCCUUCUCUUACACAACCGCAGAGAAGCAGACCGGGGCUGCCACGGCUCCAACUAGUCAACUGGAACCCCAGCCUGCCAUCUAACGAAUCCCCGCCCACAUGCAUCCACUACUCCAUUGAGUGGAAAAUGCUAUUAAAGAAAGGAAGACUGUUGAAGCUUACAGAGCGGCUCUACUCCGCCCAGAAUUUUGAAGCAAGGUAACUUUCUAAGAAGGGGGUCAAGUGAGGAAUCGCCAUCCAGUUUAUUAGCAAGAUCAAGGCUUGACUAGGUAAGGCGUAGGCGUAUUAAGUC